GUACAAGAACGGCCAGCACACUUUAACAGAGUUUAUGGGCACUGAACCUUCCAAGAAGAGGAAGCGCCGCACAAGUUUCACUCCGCAGGCUCUCGAAGUUCUUAAUGGUCACUUCGAGCGGAACACGCACCCAUCAGGUGCCGAGAUCACAGCUCUAGCUGAGCAGCUAGGCUAUGAACGUGAAGUUGUGAGGAUCUGGUUCUGUAAUAAGCGGCAGGCUUUGAAAAACACUGUUCGCAUGAUGGCUAAGUCCAGCCCCACGGCGCCUCCCCCUCCACCUCCACCCCAUCCAACUCUUAAUUAAGGACCAAUGAAAUGAACAAAGAUCAACGGAUACAUAGUCAACAAGAAAAAUAGCAAGAAACGUAAAACUUUAAGAAUUUCUAUUCAAAAUAGAAUACUUUGCAGCAAGUCAGAUGUUUAUGUUUCUGGAAAAACAUACCAAAGGGAACAAGCUUAAAAAUGCUAUGCCGAAUAUUGGUUGUCAUCAUUAUAUGAUUGAUAAUCUAAAGUAUGCAUAUAUAUAUAUAUACAUAUAUAUAUGUAUAUAUAUACAUAUAUAUGUAUGCACACACACACACGCGCACGCACGCACGCACGCACGCACGCACGCACGC